AUGCGAGCGUGGGCGCUAGUCUCCGCGGUGCUCUGGUGCCUCACUGGAGUUGGAUGGCAACGUUUUUCCCAACGCUCUAAGAAAGGCUUCAUUUAUGGGCAGCCAGGACACCCAGUGAAAAUAUAUGUAAAAUUACAUCACAGUAGUCCAGUCCUUGUCUGUAUGGACUUGAAACGUGCUAAAAAAGAAAUAGUGGACCCCACCUACUUAUGGAUUGGGCCUAAUGAAAAGGCAUUAACAGGAAACAGUCACAUAAAUAUAACUGACACAGGAAAAUUGAUGAUAAAAGAUUUUUUGGAGCCGCUCUCCGGAUUUUACACAUGUACUCUUUCUUAUAAAACAGUCAAAGCAGAAACUCAAGAAGAAACAAUUGUAAAGCAGAGAUAUGACUUUCUGAUAUUUGCUUAUCGGGAACCUGAUUAUUCAUACCAGAUGGCUGUACGUUUUACCACAAAGUCUUGUAUAGGAAAAUAUAAUGACCUGCUCUUUAGAGUCCUGAAGAAAAUCCUGGAUAAUUUAAUCUCUGAUUUGUCAUGCCAUGUCAUAGAACCAUCAUAUAAAUGCCAUUUUGUUAAAGUUCCAAAUCGUGGCCUUGUACAUGAGUUAUUUAUAGCCUUUCAAGUUAAUCCUUUUGCACCAGGGUGGAAAGGUACAUGCAAUGAUUCUGUUGACUGUGAAGAUAUCACAAAUCAUAAUAUCCUGGAGGCAAGAAAUCGAAUAGAAGAAUUUUUCCGGAGCCAAGCAUAUAUUUACUACCAUGACUUUAAUAAAACUCUACCAGCUAUGCAUUUUGUAGACCACAGUUUUCAAGUUGUACGUAUGGAUAGCUGUCGUCCAGGCUUUGGAAAAAAUGAAGGUCUACACAGUAAUUGUGCUAGUUGUUGUGUGGUGUGCAGUCCUGGAAUGUUUAGUCCUGAUGUUGAUGUCACGUGUCAGACCUGCGUUUCUGUCCAUAUCUAUGGAGCUAAAUCUUGCCAGUAG